CUGGGGGGGCUGGGGGGGGCUGCAGAGGGAGCGGAGACCGUGAGAGAGUCAGCGGCCAGUAGUCGACCAACAGCCGGACGGAACCAGGACCGGCGCACGAUGUUCUCCCCGCUCUGUCCCGACACCCUCUGGGUCCUGCUGCUCCUCUUCAUCCCUGCGGCGCUCGCGUCAAAAUGUCCACAGCAGUGCGUCUGUGACCAGAUCCAGCUCACCGUGACCUGCGUCAACAGGAACCUGACCCACGUUCCCCCUGCGGUUGACGAGAUCACGGUGAAGUUAGAUCUCCGAGGCAACGACAUCCCGGAGCUUCCCACCGGGGCCUUCAAACACACUCCGUAUCUGACUCACCUGUCGCUGCAGCGCUGCAACAUCCGCAGGGUGAAGGAGGGCGCCUUCCGAGGCCUCGGCCGCCUGGUCUUCCUCAACCUGGCCGACAACAACGUCGACAUCCUCUACCAGGAGUCGUUCGACGGCCUGUCCUCGCUGAAGCAGCUCAUGAUCGACCGGAACCGCGUGGAGGAGAUCCAGCCCGGGGCGUUCUCUCAGCUCGGCUUCCUCAACCUCCUCUCCCUCACGCACAACCAGCUCGUCUACAUCCCCAACAUGGCCUUCCAGGGUUUGCAGAACAUCAAAUGGCUUCGUCUCAGCCACAACUCUCUGAACUACUUGGACACGGAGGCCUUCGCCGGCCUGCUGACGCUCACGCGUCUCAGCCUGGACCACAACGGGCUGCAGUUCUUUCCCACGGAGACCAUGACCAGACUGCCAGAGUUGACUCGCCUGGAGAUGAGCUACAACCCGAUGGCCUACCUCGGAGAGGAGGUGGUGUCCAUGGCCAAACUGACCCACCUCUUCCUGGACCACAUGUCCCUGCAGGACAUGUCCAGCACAGCUGUGAAAAAAGCCCCCAGCCUGGUCCACCUGGACAUCGGCCACAACCAGCUGCGCGUCAUCCAGCCCUUCUCGGAAAGUUCCCCCAAGCUGGCGCGCCUCAACCUGGCCGGGAACCCCAUCUACUGCAACUGCUACCUGCGUCCACUCAGGGAGUGGUCGAUUCGGAGCAAGAUCAAGCUCCUGGGGACGUGCGCAGGACCGGCCCACCUGUCAGGAGAAAACCUGGAGGCCGUGUACCCCGCGGAGCUGCGUUGCCAGAGCCAGGAGGCCAUGUUGAAGGCCGAGCUGGAGGAGUCGGCCAGGAUGACGCCGCCGCCCACCCAAAAGCCGGAGAGCAAGGUCAAGUGUCCUGCAAACUGCGUGUGCGAGGCAGAUACACACCACUCCUCGUGCGAGAACCGCGCUCACACCAAGGUUCCUCGGGGCUUCUCUCCCGACACGCGGCUCCUGGACCUGCGCGGCAACAACUUCCACUACAUCCCGAGCAACAGCUUCCCCGGCGCCGCCCACGUCGUUUCCCUGCACCUGCAGCGCUGCAAGAUCACGGAGGUGGAGGGCGGGGCCUUCAGCGGAAUGAAGGGGCUCAUCUACCUGUACCUGUCGGAGAACGACCUCACUUCCCUCAGUCCCGAUGUUUUCAAAGGCCUCCCUCAGCUGACUUACCUCCACCUGGAGAAGAACCGCUUCAAAGGUUUCCCCAAAGGAGCAUUCGGACUGGUUCCCGGCCUGCUGGCGCUCCACCUGGAGAACAACUCCAUCGCCGAGCUGGAGCCGGACAUCUUGACUGGGGCCGAGGGCCUCCGAGCCCUGUACCUCACCGGGAACGCCGUCGAUCGCGUGUCACCGCGAGCCCUGGACCGGGCCGGCGACCUCGACACGCUCCACCUGGGGGCGAACCGGCUGAGCGAGGUGCCCACCCAAGCGCUGAGCAAGGCGGGGAACCUCAGAGACCUGAGGCUGUCGGGGAACCCAAUUCGCUGGGUGGGGCCCAACGCUUUUCGACCCCUGGAGAGGUCGCUGAAGGAGCUGUACCUGGAUAACAUGGGGCUGGAGAAGAUGUCACAGACCUCCCUGGCAGGUGUGGGUCCGGUGUUGCGGAGUCUCUUCCUGGAGGGCAACCAGCUGGAGGAGUUGCCUAACCUUCACCCUCUCACUUCUCUGGAGGUCAUCAACCUGGCCGAUAACCCCCUGAUGUGUGACUGCCCUCUGCUGCCACUGCGCAUGUGGAUUGAAAAUGUCAACCUGAAGGUACGAGCCACUUGCGCCAAUCCCCCUGAGCUGCGUGGACGCAAGGUGAAGGACGUGCACGUCUUCAGGGCCUGUCCCGGGGGCGAGGGCCUCCCGGCACCCCCGACCGUCACCCCGAAGCCCGCCAAGGCCCCCAAGGCCACCAAACCCAAACCAAUGCACCUCAAGAGCGUUCAGCAGCUCAAAGCGCUCAAAGCCAAAUCCAAACUUCGCAAAGGGCUGAACACGAAGGCGCCGGCGGACAAGAGACGCGGCGCCGCCUGAACCGCUUCUCUUGGAUCCACGUUACCUGUAGAGCCAGCUGUCCCUUAGCUUAAGUUGCUCCAAGAAGAUGCAGCCUCUGGCUUCGUGUUGCUUAUAGUAAACCACUACAACACAAGUGCAGGAUGCACCGAUUUAGAUUCCUUGAGACAACAUUCAAAACAGCAAGUUGAAGAAAGUGUUUUUUUUUAAUCAAUGAUUUAAUAUUGGCAAACAUCUGGAUACAUUACAUGAAAAAAAUAAAACAUUCCAACAAACA